AUGUUGCGAUAUUCUUUAUUCGUCCUCGCGGUUAUUCUUUCCAUGGACCUGAGUGAGUGUAAAACGAGAAAAAUGGACUAUCCUACGGAAAAACAACUCGUGCUACAGAGGAAAGAAACGUCCCCAGUAGAUUUUUCGAGAUUAUUAGUUAUGCGAGUGGUGUACGGUAUGGCAAAGGUGCUCGGUUUCGAAGAACCAGUGAGUGGUAUUCUAAAUGGUGCGUUUGUGCCCCCAGGAGCUGACGAUGAUGAUUUUGAUGAUGACGACGAUGAUAGUAUAUUUGAUGAUUAUUGA